AUGUAUGGUAUUCCUGCUUCAAAUAUUAUAUCAGAUGAUACAGCUCAUGCCAUCAGCGUUCAGAAUGAUACAAUCAUUGCACCACCAUUACCAAAUCCUGAAAAAUACACAAAACCAAUUAUGCAAUCAAUUAGUGGAGCUUUGGAUUUUAUAUCACAACGUAUUGAUGAUAAACUGGAUGAUUAUCAAAUGAAUAAUAUAAAACAAGGUCGUAUUGAUGAUGCUAUUGCUAAUGCAAAUCCAAAUAAAGGUAAAUGUAUUGGUCGAUAUGAAGAUGAAGAGGGUGGAGAAAUAUUAGCAUAUGAUACUGGAUUAGUAGAUAUGCCUAAUACUGAAGCUGGUCGUAGAAAGGUUGAGGAAUUACGUGCAGAUGGAACAAUUCCUUCUAUCGAAUGGCGUGAUGGUAGAAUGCAACGUAAACAAGAUCCUGAAUACUUCAGUGAUGAAGAUGAUGUAUCUGAUAAUGUUGAUAUGAAUGCUUCAUCCGACAUAUCAGCAUCUGAUUCUGAAAUAAAUAGUAUGACAAAUGAUGUUUCUUCAACGAUUAAUGAAUCCGCUUAUCAUUUAAGAAUGAUUUCUAAAAUGAAUAAUACUACACAUCUUGGUUAUGAUUUACUUCAGAAACAUGGUUUUGAUUAUGUUAAACCUAUUGAUUCUAUCGUAAUGGAAUCUGAUACUAAAGAAAAAGAUAAUGAAAAAGAAACCAAAGCAAUUUUACCAAAAGAUAUUAAACAUCUUAAAUUUGAUAAUACUGCAUUAUUGAAUGCGGUGAAAUAUUUCAAUAAAGCAAGAAUGGAACAAAGCAACAUUGCUGAUGGUAAAAUUGAUCUUGAUAAAUUCAUUAAUUCAUCAAAUUAUGAAAAAGCAAUUGAUUCAUUAAAUAAACAAUUUGAUUGUCGUAUUAAUUUACGUUUUGAUGGUAAGAAUGAUAAUGCUAAUGCGGCAACAUUUAUACUUGAUGAUCUUAAAAAGAAAUUAACAAUAUCAAAAUCAAAGGGAUUUCAAUUAGGUGGUUUACCAAUUGAUAUUAUGGUAUAUGGUCAUUACUUUGAAAUGUCAUCUCCAAGAGAUCAAGAAUUAUUUGGACAAUCAAUAGUAUCAACAAUAUGUCAUGAAAUAUUCCAUAAUAUAUCUGCAGUAUUGAGAGAUAAUAAUGUUAAAUCCGGUAUGUCAUUAAUUGCUACUUUAAAUUUAGCUGCUGGUGCAAAAUCAAUGAAAGAACGUCGUAUUAUUAUAACAAAUUAUGUUGAUACAAUUGAAAAGAUGGACAAUUUACAUGAUGCUAUUCUUGAAAUAGAUGAAGUAACUAUUGAGUCUACAUUAGAUAUUCAUGAUGCUAUUCUUGCUGAAUAUGAUAAAGCUAUAAUGAUAAUGGAGACGAAUUUCUCGUCUCCAUUAUUAGGUGAAAUGUUUUAUCAAGAAGAAGAAAGCAUUAUGGAUAAAGCUACUGGAAAAUUCAAAGAUGAAAAUAUCAUAUGGAAAGUAUUAGCAUUUAUUCCUCGUUUAUUUAUUGCUAUUGGUGCAAAAUUAGUAAAUGGAAUCAAGAAUCUUGGUAAGAAUAAAGAUGAAGUUGAAGAUACCAUCGAUAAAGAAAUCGAUCAAGCAAAAGAAACUAUCGAAAAUGCUGAUGAUUCAUUACUUGGUAAAAUUAAAGAAAGAGUAUUUGCUAAUAGUGAUGGUAAAGCCGAAUUUGAUCCUAAAGAAAAAGUAUUCAAAUUAGGUGCAUUUGGUAGAAUAAUAAAUGCAAUGAUUAUGAUAAUUGGUGCUACUGCAAUACUUCCUAAAAUAGUAACCCGUGCAAAAGCAGAAGGUGGUAUUUAUGCUGAAAUGGGUUCUGAAAUCAAAAAGAUAAUAACUCUUGAAAAAACUCCAGAUAUGGAAACAUAUCAAUAUUCCAUUACAGCAUUAGGACAACUUUUACAUGAUUUUGGUGGAGCUUCAAUAGUUGUUUCUGCAGCAUCAAAAGAAUUGUCACAGAUAUUGAAAGCUAAAAUAGAUAAAGAAAUGAAAAAAGCAGCAAAGAGAAAAUGUGUUGAGGAAUUUAAUAAACGUUAUAAAGGUAAGUUCCAAGUUUAUCUUGAUGAAAAGACUGGUAAAAUUAAAUUCAAGAAUAAAGUAUCAAUGUUGUUUGGUACGAUAAUGUGGUUUAUUGUAACUGGCAUUACUAUUAAAAAUUUAUUGGAAAAAAUCAAAGCACAUUUUGAUCCAACUAAUACAACAGAGUACUCUGCGUUGAUACCACUGCUUAAAAAGAUUCUUGAUAAAGAUAGUGAUGAAGACAAGGAUGUUUUAAAACUCAUUGAUUCUGGUAUUGAUGGCGUUGGUGAAGCUCUUGGUGAUGUAUGUGCUGCUACUGCAUCAAUUACAGCACUGACUGCUGGUAUCAAUAAAACGAUUGAAUUAUUCAUUGCAAAGAAUCAAAUUUCUGAUAAUCCAAGUAACAAUAUGCAAAAUUCAAUGAGAGCGAUUACUGAUUUUAAUGAUGCAUUAAAUAAAAUUUGUCUUAAGAUAGCUGUAGUAACAGGUGCUAUAUCACUUAUAUCGGAUAUUACUGGAUUCUUUAAUGGAUUUGCGAAAAGCUUUGAAAACACGCGUCAUUAUCUUAACUUUGAUAAUGUUGACAGAUGGAUUUAUGCAAUGCGUCAACCAAUAAUUGAAGUUGUUUAUAGUGUAUUACAUCCACAAUCAAAAGGUGAAUCAGAAUCUGCUUAUUAUGUGCGUCUUUCAAAUUAUGCUGAUAAAGCUGUGUUACAUGAUAUCGAAGCUUUAGGUGUUGAUAUAUCCAGAGGUAUUGGUGAAUCUGCCGAUGAUUAUGAAAUUCGUAAAAAGAAUAUAUUGUGUGAUGCAUAUUAUUUUGAAUAUGAUUCUAUUAGUAGUGAUGAAAAUAAAUUGAAUUUCAGUCCUGCAUAUAUAGAAUACAUCAGUGAUGAUAAGGGUAAAGCUAUAAAAUUUGCAGCUCAAAAAGAUAAAAACGGAAAUUAUGAACCGUUAACAGCUGAUGAUGGUUCAUAUAAAAUAUAUGAAAAAUCUAUGAAAAAAGAAGGUAUUAAACCACGAGGAAUAAUUAUGGGUUUUACAAAUUCAUCAUUAGUUGAAUAUACAAGGAUUUCACCAAACAGAAAUUCUCCACGUAAUCAACCAAUAACAAAAAUAACACCACAUCAUAUGGCUGGAAUUUUAUCAUUAGAGCAAUUUGGAAAUGAAGCAUGUAAUCCAAAUAGAGAAGUUAGUGCAAACUAUGCUAUUGAUAAAGAUGGACGUAUCGGUUUAUUCUGUCCUGAAUCCGAUCGUUCAUGGUGUUCAUCAUCUCCAUGGAAUGAUAAUCGUGCUGUAACAAUUGAAGUAUCUAAUUCAGCAACAGGAGAUUCAUCUGGAUGGCCUGUUAGUGAUAAAGUAUAUCAGAGAUUAAUUGACUUAUGUGUUGAUAUAUGUAAGAGAAACAAUAUUCCUAAGUUAACAUAUACAGGUGAUCAGAAUGGUUCAUUAACAUUCCACAGAUUCUUUACAGCAACAGCAUGUCUUCCAACCGACAAUACAGAGGUAUUAACACCUCUCGGUUGGAAAAAUAUUAAAGAAGUCAAAAUAGGAGAUAAAGUAGCAACAUAUAAUCGUGAAACACAUCAAAUUGUAUUUGAUCAUAUUCAGAAUAUGGUUGAACCAAAAGUAUGCGAUACAUUCUCUUAUCAGGGACUCGAAGCAACAAUCGAUCAUACUGUAAUUGUAUAUGAUUAUGAAGGUAAUGAAAAAGUUGAAUUAUUCUCUACCGUAGUAAAUGAUAUUAAUAAUACUUAUGUUGCAUUCCCUACAACAGAUGAAUCUGAUCUUAAUGAUAUAUCAAAAAGAGACUUCACUAGAUUCAGACCAAUACAACGAGAAAAUGUUGAAGUAUCAUGUAUUACAGUUGAAACAGGUUUCUUUGUAAUUCGUCAAGGAGUUACAAUAACAAUUGUUGGUAACUGCCCAGGUCCAUUCUUAUUUAAUAAAGCACAGGAUUUAUGUAAUAAGGUUAAUGCCAGAUUAACAUCAUCAUCACCAUCAACUAACACAACAACAAGUACAACAACAUUUAAGGUUGGUGAUUUAGUAUCAAUUGCAUCAAAUGCAACAUACUAUACAGGUUCAUCAAUACCAAGUUGGGUUAAAGAAGAAAAGUGGUUCAUUUCAUCGAUUUCUAAUAAUCGUGCUGUCUUAGGUUUAAAUGAAGCAAAGAAUAGAAAUAUCCAAUCUCCAAUUGAUGUUAGAUAUCUUACAAAAGCAACAACUUCAUUUAAAUCAUAUACUAAAACAUUAUCAUCAACUGAUAUAUUAUAUGCAAACCCAGGUGGAACAACAAAAGGUACAGUUGGUUCAAAUGGCGUAUUUACAAUAAUAGAAGAAAAGACAGUAAAUAAUGUUGUAUACGGAAAACUCAAGAGUGGUGCAGGUUGGAUUAUAGUAAAAGAUAAUAGAGUUAUCAAAAAAGGCGACAAGGUUAAAGUAAUUAAUCCAGUUCAGUAUAAUUCAACAAAAACAUUCACACAGUAUGUUUCAGUAUAUUAUGUUUUAGAAGUUAAUGGUGAUAGAGUUGUAAUAUCAUCUGAUGGAAAGAAUGUAACUACUGCAAUUAAUAAAUCAAAUAUACAAAAAAUUUAA